AUGGACAAAAUCAAACACAACAAACUAGAACAAUGGAUGUGUUAUAAAAUAUUAAAACUAUUAAAUUUUACCAAUAUAGCGACAACCUUCAAAAAAGAAUCGGAGAAAACAUGGUUCUCUUCUUGUAAUAGUUCCGCUUCCUCGACUACUGUUGAUUAUAUCUGGGCAUCUAAUAAUCUUAAUGACAUUAUCAUUGACUUUAAUUUAACAAGAACAACUUACUCUUCAGACCACGCCAUGUUGAUGUUCACUUUUGAACAUCCAAACAAUUCUUUUGUUAACUUAAAGAAUUUCAAUAAGUCACGUGAUACAGGAAAAUCCUUCAACAACAGAUAUAACCUUAAUAGCAUUCAAAAAGAGGACUGGGUCACAUUUAAUAAUAUUGUUAAUGAAAAACUCAUAAGGUUGCAGGAUAUACCAAAUUAUUCAACCAAAACUCAAGUAUCAGCAGCUAUGAAUACUUUCAAUUCCAUCAUCAUAGACUCUUUGAACGAAAUGAAGGUCGCAAAAAUUAAAGUAACCCCAAGGCGCAAUAAUUUACCACUGGCUUUACGUAAAAAAUAUAAUCAUAUUCACCAACUCAACUCUAUACAAGCUACAGUAAAAGAAGCAUUAUAUAUAGAAUCAGAUCAAUUUAAAUUAGAAAUUCCCUCCAGUGCUGAACAACGUAAAGGACUGAAAAAUAAUUUUGACCGCCAUUGGAGAUGA